AUGCGGUUCUCAACCACAUUAUCCUCAGCAACCUCAUUUUCACCGUCUUCUUCACCUUUAUCAACACCUUCCUCUUCUUCUUCUCUUCCUAGUGUUCACCAAGAUCUUGUCACGCAAUAUCAAACACAAAAUCAAGAAAUCAUCAAAGCCAAUGUUAGGUUGAAAGAAAAGAUCACUUUCUUAGAGGCUGUCAUUUCAAAACUUCAGGACGAGAAUAUGCAAAUAAGACGUGAGCAGCUGAGACAGCAGAACCUGAGUGAUAGUAGCCAUACUAGUGACAGUGGUGAGAUCGACCAAGUGCAACAAAGGAUGGCCAAUAAAAAAAAGAAAACAAAAAGGAAAAUGGCCGCUAUCAAGAGCAGUUCGAGUAGUAGCAAUAGCAGUAGCCGUAGUAACAGCAAUAGUAGUAUGCGUAUUGGCAAACGACACUUUGAGGCCAAUGACAGUAGCUCCUUAUUCGUUGUUGAAUUAACCAAAAAAGAAGUUCCCAAAAUUGAAAGUAACGAUACAACGGACAACGCAGCAGCGACGAGAAAGACACGACGCAGUACUCGUAAACCCGUCAGUUACACUCUACCAAGUAUUAGAUCGAAAUUACGCAAAGGUGAUCCAUUUACUUUUGGUAAUACGAUUACAGAAUGA